AAAUAAAAAAUAAAUUCAUAAACCCGAAAAGAGAAAGAUACUGCAAAUACAAAAAACAUAAUCUUCUUCAUUAUCGAUAAUAAUCUGUACAGCUUCUUUUUUAAAAAAAAAAAUUUCCUCCAUUUUCUUUAUAUUAUCUUACAAAUCUCAAUUUUCUUCUUAAUUUAUUCUUUUUAAUCUUGAUUUAGAGAGAGAAAUUAUAUACUUCUAUAAAGCUUAUAAAGUAGAGAGAGAAAUUUUGAUUUUCUUAUUGUGAAAAGUUUUCUUUCCUUUCUUGCAAUUGUGGUUUUAGGUUUUUCUAAUUUACAUUUUAAAGGGAAAUUUAAGGAGAGAGAAGGUUGAAAAUGGCAAUUUUCUGUGAUUUAGAGUGAGAAAAAGCAAAUACAUAGAGAGAGGUCAGAGAAAGAGAGAAAUUUGGAGUUUCGGCCUUAAUUUGAGCGAAAUCGGAGAAGAAAGAGUCGGAAAUGGUUAUGGAAGAUAACGAGAGUAGUUGUAAUAGCAGUAGGGCAGCGACGACGGUCGCCGUUGCGGCGGAGACGACGUCGUCGGCUUCAGGUACGGCAGCGCCAAAUUCAAGGCAACAUAGGCAGAAACUUGAGGUGUACAAUGAGGUUUUGCGUAGGUUGAAGGAAUCGGAAAAUCAAGAAUCUGUUGUUCCUUGUUUUGAUGAUGAACUUUGGGCUCAUUUUAAUCGUUUGCCUGUUAGGUAUGCGUUGGAUGUAAAUGUUGAAAGAGCUGAAGAUGUGUUGUUGCAUAAAAAAUUGUUACAUCUUGCUCAUGAUCCAGUUAAUAGACCUGCAUUUGACGUGCGAUUAGUUCAGGUUCAUCCCAUUACUGAUGGAAAUUCAGAUGACAAGACUCAAGAAUCUUUGCCACUAGCUCGAAAAAGUCACCCACCACCUGCAUUUGGUUCAUCACCUAAUCUUGAAGCACUUGCACUUGAAGGAAACAAACAGAACGAUGAUGAGGAAGAUGAUGACGCACAUGCUAGUUCAAGGCUGUUUCGGCCCAUGCAUGAGAUUACCUUUUCCACCGAUGACAAACCAAAACUUCUUAGUCAGUUAACGUCGUUACUGGCAGAUGUCGGGCUGAAUAUUCAGGAAGCGCAUGCCUUUUCCACCACAGAUGGCUACUCUUUAGAUGUUUUUGUCGUUGAUGGUUGGCCAUAUGAGGAGACACAAAGGCUCAGAUGUGCUUUGGAAAAAGAACUUAAAAGAAUUGAGAAUGCAUCUUGGCGCAGCCAACAAUCGUCAUCUCCCAUGGAUGAGCAAGAGGAAACCCCUACUGAAUCUAAGGAUGAUCAUGUGGCAAUACCAAAUGACGGAACUGAUGUUUGGGAGAUUGAUAUUAGACUUUUGAAAUUUGAGAAUAAAGUUGCAGCUGGAUCAUAUGGUGAUUUGUACAAGGGUACUUACUGCAGUCAGGAUGUUGCAAUCAAGGUUCUGAAACCUGAACGCCUAAAUACAGAUUUGCAGAAAGAAUUUGCUCAGGAAGUAUUUAUCAUGAGAAAAGUUCGUCAUAAGAAUGUUGUUCAGUUCAUUGGUGCCUGUACAAAGCCUCCAAGUCUAUGCAUUGUCACAGAGUUUAUGUCUGGAGGAAGUGUUUAUGACUAUUUGCACAAGCACAAGGGAUCAUUUAAGCUUCCAUCUCUGUUGAAAGUGGCAAUUGAUGUUUCCAAAGGAAUGAACUAUUUGCAUCAGAACAAUAUUAUUCAUAGGGAUCUGAAGGCUGCCAAUCUUUUGAUGGAUGAAAAUGAGGUUGUCAAAGUUGCAGACUUUGGUGUGGCAAGAGUAAAGGCCCAAACUGGUGUUAUGACAGCUGAAACUGGAACUUAUCGUUGGAUGGCUCCAGAGGUGAUUGAACAUAAGCCAUAUGAUCACAAAGCGGAUGUCUUCAGUUUUGCAAUUGUACUGUGGGAGAUACUGACAGGAAAGCUACCAUAUGAGUACUUAACCCCAUUACAAGCUGCUGUUGGAGUAGUGCAAAAGAGUCUACGGCCCACUAUUCCGAAGAAUUGUCAUCCUAAGCUCGCCGAGCUGCUGGAAAGAUGCUGGCAGCAGGAUCCUGCGUUGAGACCCGACUUCUCCGAAAUAAUACCAGUCCUGCAGCAAAUAGCGAAAGAGGUUGCUAGUGCAGAAGGCCAGAAGGACAAACAUGCGGGCGGAUUCUUCUCAUCUCUUAGAAGAGGUCAUCAUCACUAAGCUGAUCAAGGUUUUGGGUCUUAUUAAAUGGUUUAUCUUUUUGUACUAAUUUCUAAUUGCCAGGGCCAUUCUGCAUAUUUUUACCCCUCUUAUAGUGUACAGUGAUUUGUCAAUACAACUGUUAUUUAUAGGUUUCUUUGUGUCGAAGUAAGCAUAUUCUUUAUAGCUGUGCGUUUGUUGCCCCGUCUUCAUCAUCCAUAAGGGGGGCACAUUGAGUGAUUUUUGUAGACUGAAACCUCCUGCGGCCAAGAAUUAAAAAUGACAAAGUGCUGAUUUUUGUUCUAUCAAGGGCUAUGUGGGAUUUGCAGGUUUCUUGCUGAAUGUUUGACAUAGUUGGAAUUAACUCUUUGACAUUGUCCUUUGUUGCUACUUCUCUUUAAGGUACAUGCACCCGUGCCUCUAUCCUUUAAUGCUCAGCUUGAGUUUAGUGUUUAAAGUAUCAAGGAAAUGCAAAAAUCUUGAUCAGCCCAUCCGUAUUCAUCAGAGGGCUUUUUUUGGUAAUGAUGGAAAUAAGCACUUGUGUCGAAGACCAUACAAUAUCGAAAUAGAACUUUUUGCUUUAAAAGCGUCUAAGUGUGUCAUGUUUUCAUUUCAAUACAGGCACUAUUAAUUUAUUUGAAUAUAUGGCUUGCAUAAUUUAUGAUAUAAACGAAGUUUUCAUCUUGCACUCAAAA